AUGGCGCCACUGUUGGUGUCGCUGAAAUGCGGCUUACAUGUUCACAGGAGAAAACUGGCAAUUGUUCUUCAAAAGACGAGCUCGUAUCACGUUUGGAGUAAAAGUCAGGGUGAAAAUGGGGCUAAGCACACGCGCCAAAAAAUAUUUGUGUUUCAGCUGUGUAGCCUGCCAUACUCACGGACAAGCACAUGGAAUACUAAGACAAUCGAAAGCAGUCGGCACAUUUUGGAGGCAGCAAAAAAUUUGCAGGUGACAGACAAACGAACGUGUUGGCACGGGAAUGCGGGAGGAAAUCUUUCUGCAGACCCCAAAAAUGUGCUUAAAGAGGUGAACACGGCUUCGAUCCUGUCUGCCAUGAUUGCUUACGUGUGGCCAAAGGACAGACCUGACCUACGUGCCCGUGUUGCCAUCUCUCUAGGCCUGUUAGCUGCAGCCAAGAUCACCAAUGUGACAGUGCCCUUCAUGUUUAAGUAUGCAGUGGACGAGCUUAACCAGAUGUCGGGACACAUGCUGAACCUGAACGAUGCGGCAAGCACUGUGGCUACCAUGGCAACGGCCAUGCUGAUUGGCUAUGGUUUGUCAAGGGCCUGUGCAGCUUUCUUCAACGAGAUGCGGAACAUGGUGUUCGGCAAGGUGGCCCAGAGCUCUAUCCGUCGUAUCGCCAAGAACGUCUUUCUCCACUUGCACAAUCUGGAUCUGGGCUUCCAUCUUAGCCGCCAGACGGGAGCACUAUCCAAGGCCAUCGACCGUGGCACCCGAGGCAUCUCAUUUGUCCUCAGUGCCCUCAUCUUCAAUCUGGGCCCCACGUUCUUUGAGAUGGGACUUGUUAGUGCUAUUCUGUUCUACAGGUUUGGCGGAGAAUUUACAGCCAUGGCCUUGGGUACAUUGGGUACAUACACAGCUUUCACAAUUCUCAUGACACAGUGGAGGACUCGUUUCCGCAUAGAAAUGAACAAAGCAGACAACGAAGCAGGCAAUGCAGCUAUUGACUCUCUCCUUAAUUACGAGACUGUUAAGUACUUCAACAACGAGAACUAUGAAGCCGAAAGGUAUGAUGGAUUUCUGAAAAGCUACGAGUCAUCCUCAUUAAAAACCACGUCCACACUUGCAAUGCUCAACUUUGGCCAGAGCGCCAUCUUUAGUGUCGGUCUCACCGGAAUCAUGGUGCUGGCUAGCAAGGGCAUUGCAGCAGGUACAAUGACGGUGGGUGACCUGGUGAUGGUGAAUGGCCUGCUCUUCCAGCUCUCUCUUCCUCUCAACUUUCUGGGCACAGUGUACAGAGAGACCCGGCAGGCCCUUAUAGACAUGAACACGCUUUUCACGCUGCUCAGUAUUGACACCAAGAUCAAGGAGAAGGAUCUGGCCCCACCUUUAAGCGUCACACCACUGGAGUCCACCAUUCGCUUUGAAGAUGUAUAUUUUGAGUACCUUGAAGGUCAGAAAGUCCUCAAUGGGGUGACUUUCGAGGUGCCUGCUGGGAAGAAGGUGGCUAUAGUCGGUGGCAGUGGCUCUGGGAAGAGCACAAUUGUGCGGCUGCUGUUCCGCUUCUAUGAGCCCCAGCGGGGAAACAUCUACAUUGGUGGGCAGAACAUCAGAGACGUCAGCCUUGAGAGCUUGAGGAAGGCUUUGGGGGUCGUACCACAGGAUGCCGUUCUGUUCCACAAUACCAUCUUCUACAACUUGCAGUAUGGGAACAUCAACGCGACACCGGAAGAUGUUUACCGUGUAGCUCGUCUUGCAGGCAUCCAUGACGCCAUCCUCAGGAUGCCACAUGGUUAUGACACUCAAGUCGGAGAGCGAGGACUCAAGCUGUCAGGCGGGGAAAAGCAGCGUGUCGCCAUUGCCCGUGCAAUACUGAAGAAUACACCCAUUCUCCUGUAUGAUGAGGCCACAUCAUCUCUGGACUCCAUCACAGAAGAGAACAUCUUGAGUGCAAUGAAGGAGAUGGUGAAAGACAGGACGUCAGUGUUCAUCGCUCACAGGCUUUCCACUGUUGUAGACGCCGAUGAGAUCAUUGUGCUUAGUGAGGGUAAAGUGAAAGAACGCGGCAACCACGAAACGCUCCUCAGCACGGCGGGCAGCUUGUACGCCGACCUGUGGAACACCCAGAACAGCAAAAUCCUGAGCGGCAACAAGAUGCCCAGUACGCAGCCGCCCGAGCGCCUUUCCCAGAAGGAGGAGGAGAGGAAGAAACUGCAGGAGGAGAUCCUCAACAGUGUGAAAGGCUGUGGGAACUGCUCCUGCUGA